UCCAACUGCUGAAGUAAGAUCUUUUCUUUUAUGUGCGCUACUCGCUCUGAACGUUACUAAAAUGGCAAAAAGAACAAAGAAGGUAGGCAUCACUGGUAAAUAUGGUACCAGAUAUGGUGCCAGUUUACGUAAAAUGGUGAAGAAAAUGGAAAUCACCCAACACAGCAAGUACACUUGCACUUUCUGCGGAAAGGAGUCUAUGAAAAGAAGUGUUGUUGGCAUUUGGUCGUGCAAAAGGUGUAAGCGAGUGGUGGCAGGAGGAGCUUGGGUAUUUGCUACCACAACAGCUGCAUCUGUAAGAUCAGCAGUGCGCAGAUUACGUGAAGUGAAAGACCAAUAAAUAAUACAAUAAACAGUACCUUUUUAUCACUUA